AUGUCGACUCUGGCCAACCAGGCGGCCAAUCAACCGCGGACGGAUUCUCGUAGCGGCGGGGGAUUUAGCCGAGGGUCUUCUGCCGGCUCGGGCAAGAUUCCGUACAACUCUGGCCGCAAUGGACACAUUCAUCGCGGAGGUAGUCGAGGCAGAGGAGGGUUUAAAAAGACGAGACCGUCUUCGCGAGUAGAUAAACGGUCUGUUUCGGCGACUGCUACUACUACUAGUGCCGAUCUGGGCUCGUUUCUCGAUCAUCCUGAGCAAUACGGCUACUCCAAGAUGGAACACAAGAAACAAGAGGUGCCCAAGUAUAUGCUGAAGGAACAGGUUUUGUUCAGCUGUGAUUCGUACAGGACCAACGAAUGGGACGCUAAUAAUCAAAAGACACUUUUACAGAAAGAGGCAGAGCACUCUGGAGACCCACAGUCUUUGUUCGAGGAGUUUCAAGAGUUGCGUAAAGAAGAGAGAAAGAAAAUGGAACAGAUGAACCUGGUGGAUGUGGAAAACGCGAAGAAAUCAUUGACCGACGCUAUCAUAUUCCGUGGGAGUUGUAUGGACAUGUGCCCGACUUAUGAGCGAGUGGAAAGAUCGUUCAAGAACCAGGUCUCCAAAUGGGAGAAAGAUCCUGCUACCGGGAGAAUAUCGCGGCAAUACGCAGUGAAGACGUUUAUGAGACCGUCGGGACAAGCUCCGUCAUUGCCGUCGGAUGUUCGUACUCCCCAGAUCCUGGUGCGCACCUUGAGCUAUCUCAUUGGUAAUCUGCUCCCGAAGUUGCCUGAAUCGCAGUCGUUCAUUUGGGACAGAACUCGGUCUAUCAGACAAGACUUCACGUUCCAGAACAACUACUCGGGACCCGAGGCGAUUGACUGCCACGAGAAAAUCUGUCGGAUCCAUAUUCUUUCGUCGCAUGUGAUGGCCCAGGCCAACGAUCCCGAUUACCAACAACAGCAGGAGAUCGAGCAGUUCAACAACUCGCUUCAGUCGCUCACACACAUGUACGACGAUGUGCGCUCGAGAGGUGGACGGUGUCCCAACGAGGCCGAGUUCCGGGCUUACGAAUUGAUCUCCAAGCUGAAAGACACAGAGCUCGACAGAAAUAUCCAAAAGCUUCCAGCUAACAUAUUGGGAAGCAGCAUUGUUCAGAAAGCUUUGAUGUUGCGAGGACUGGUGAUUGACGGGUUUGGCAACUUCCAGAUGUUUAUUGAGUUUUUUAGAGUCAUCAUGGACCCAAACACCCCGUUUUUACUGUCCUGUCUGUGUGAGAUCCAUUUCAAUCAGGUCAGACACAUGGCAAUGGCCACAAUGGCCAAGGCCUACCAUUCAAAGUCGAAGAAAAUGCCCGAAGUAACUACCUUAGCGGAAUGGCUGGGGUUCGACUCCACAGAACAGCUGCUCACCACCUGCAAAUUCUACGACAUUCCCAUCAUCCAGGACGACAAGAUCACAAGGAUCGAAGUCACAGCAUUACGACAAGCAUACAAGGCGUACCAAAAGCCUCCUAGUUCAACAAAAUUGAACUACAAAAUGAUGAACAGCACAUACCAGGACAUUGUCAGUUCAGGAAUACCAAAUAACGAUCUGAAGUUGAAGGUUGAGCCGAGAAUUGAGGCACCUCCUCCUGCUUCAGUGAUUAAUGACAUUUUCGAAACCAGUUCAGUUGAGCCGUCGCCGCACCCGAUGCUGCCACCGGAAAUCGAGAAGAUCGAGGUUCUUCCCGAACCACCCAAAGUGCAACCACAGCCAUCUGUUUUUGCUCCAGUGCAACAACAACAGCCUGUAUUUACUGGUCCACCUAAACAGCCUUCUCCCGAACCGGUCAAGAUUGUUGAGCCUCCGAAACCUGCCAAGAAGCUUGUCGAGUCUCCUAACUUUGACUCCGCUGCACGGGCCGUGGUGAACAACCUGCUACAAGAAGUUGUCACCGUCUCUGCCAAAGAUAUUACACAGAAACUUGUGGCUCAGGAAACCCAGCGCAGAGCACAACGUCGCACGCAGCUUCGCGAGGGAACAAUCAACGGGCUCGCCGACGAGCUGUUCAAGGCGUUUCUGCGAGAACAGAUGUACGUUUCCUUGAUUGAAGUCAAGGCCAAGCUGUUCAGGGAUAGCAAUCUGAAACGCAGGACGUUCAAGACGAUCAAGGCGGUUGCCGAGAAGCUUGCCAAGAAACAGCAGGCGAAAAAGAGCAAGUUGAACGAGAUCCAGUCGUUUGCCAACCAGGUGAGACCAACGUACACCGUUCCUGCUGGACGGGUGUUCCGCGAAGCCAGCGUGAAACCAGCCGUUGUGAAGCAGACCAACUGUUUUGCCGACGACACUUUAAGCUGUGUGCCGGAGCUGUAUCCGUACGUGCACGACGACCUUCGCAUGCUGGUGAUUGUCGAUACGUGGCUCAACAAGGCUGCCGACUGGAUAUCCACGAAACUGGAGCUUAAGGACGUCCGCGAGGCGGGCAAGCUGGUCAAAAGCAACACGAUCAAGACAGAGUCCGGGACGCUGGCGAUCUCGUCGAUCCCUGAACGUUUCCGGUCGCGGUCGGUGUUCAAGAAUGUGAACAUUGUGCUGCUCAAGAUCGAGUUCCCAGAGUCCAACGACCUGGCCAACACCCGGAGCGUGGUGGCCAAGAUCUUGGAGUAUCUGUCAAAAUACAAUAAGGAGAUUCCGGUGACGCUUGUGCUGUUGCUCGUGGACUUCCCUACCAAUGUGGACCUUGUUGCUGCUGCUCCUACGUGGCUGACGGUGAAGUCUGUUCACUUAAGCUCCAGGAUGAGCGUUCUUACGGUUCAAAACAAGUUCUAUCAGACAAUGCGGGAUACGUUGCAAAACUACAAGGCUGUGUCGACAGAAUUGCCGGACGCAGAAACGACGCUCAUGUCUAAGUACACAACCAUCGAGAACUCGCUUGUGGGGCUGAUCAAGAACGACAUCAACACCCGCGAGAAGCUCGAGUAUAUCCGCUCGAUUGCCGGUAAACGGAAACCGGAGGUCAAUCCGGACAUUUCUCUCAUGACGGAGCAAACACCAUCAACGGGACAGUUUGAGUUCUCCAAGUCGGCAGACACCGACACCGUCAAGAGAAGACGCAAGAUCGGCGCUUUGUUGAAACUUUCGGAGUCUGUGCUACAGAAAUAG